AUGAGGCCAGGAAGCGCCCACUUACUCCUACUUGCCGCCUGCUUCGCCCUCCUCCCCCUUGCCUCCCCCGCCGCCGUUCCCGGCGCCGGCAGCCAUCCCCGCCGCACGCCCCUCCCCCCUGUUGACCCUCGGAUCAUCCCCCUCUGCAACCAGACUCAUCUCCCCGACAUCUGCAUCAGCGCGGCUCGCUCCUACGCCCAUGAGUACCCCGUCAUCGACCCUACCAACCUGUUCAACAUACUGGCCCGCGCGCUCAUAGACCGCAUCAAAAUCGACACAGCCAGGACCAGCGCCAUGACCAAGACCCAGAAGUUGGAUAAGAUGGUGAACGUUGGCAUCAACAACUGCCUUAAAUCCUACGAGGACGCAAUGGAGUACACGGGCGAAGGGAUAGAGGCAUUCAUAACACGCGACAUACGAACAUUUGUGACCAUAUUCAGCCAGGUGAUCGGCGCAUUCAGCGGUUGCAACGACGAGUUCAUGGAUGUUCCUAACCCGCUGGAAGCUCAGAAUGACAGGUUGAUAAACAUGGCGGGCAACUGCAUCCGCAUUGGCAAAAUGACUUUUAAAGAAUAA